ACGUCACAGUAGCAGCAUUCCCUUAAAGUCGCAGACCGCCAUCUACUGACUGGAGUGGGUAACGCAGCUGAGUAAAAUCUAUAUUUUAUUUUCAGACAAAAAGUUAAUCGGUAGGAAACAUUAGUUUUUACCCACCAAUGUAACAACACAGUAUGAUUAAAGACUUAGUAACUUAGUUGUAGUCACGAUAUGGUUACCUAUACGUACAAACAGUUAUGCUACGCGUACAUAAUCACCUGUAAAAGUCCAUUCUAUUUUUCAUUUUUUCAUAUUGGCCAUAAAAGUCACAAAGUUUGAAGGCCCGCCUACUCGUGUGAUGACACUAAUACCGCUUUACUGUUCUCGGAAAAUGACCAAUCAGAUGAGGGUAUGUGAUGACGCGUAUGCCGACAGGCUUGCAGGGCCAGACAAGAGAAUUGCAUUUAUGCAUAUAUAUACUUACCUUUAUUUAACUAGGCAAGUCAGUUAAGAACCAAUUCUUAUUUACAAUGACGGCCUACCAGGGGGAACAGUGGGUUAACUGCCUUGUUCGGGGGCAGGACGACAGAUUUUUACCCUGUCAGCUCGGGGAUUCAAUCCAGUAGUCUUUUGGUUACUGGCCCAACGCUCUAACCUGCCGCUCCAAUACAUGAUAGGAGUACACACAUUUUUUUUUUGACCAUUAGAUAAAAAAAAUAUAUACAUAACAAUAAACAAAUAAAUCAAAUUAUUUUGCAUCAUUGUCUCACUAAUUAUUAAUUUAGAAAGUUUACAGGGCAGGACUCUUAUUCUGAAGGAUUCUAAAAAUCCGCGACCUGGAAGUACUUAGUUAAUUUGACCUGUUUCACGACAGUCUAGUCAGUCACCUCUGUGGCUUGCUAUCCAACAUAGUCGAAACAUUGGAGCUCUUUAGACGCUUUCAGUGUAUAUUUUCCUCUGUGUUUUAAACUUCUUUCGUGUAGCUAGUUGCCACAUUUAAGUUCAUAUUUACGUUGUUAGUCAGGUAGCUAGCUAGCUGGCUUGCUAAGUUAGCUUAGCACCAGGCUACUCGUUAAUGCCAACUAGCUAGCUAGUAUCACCAACUAUGAGCUCACUAAGCUACUCCCCUCUUGUUAGAGAAGAGGGGAUCUGCUGGACGGAGAAAGAAGCUCUGGGGCUGAACAUUGUCAUGAAAGAAAAGGAGGAGGAUAUUACAGUAAAAGCGGAGGAAAAAGCUUUCAGAAUGAAAGAGGAGGUAGAGGAUGUUACAGUGAAAGAAGAGGAAUCUUUUAGACUGAAAGAGGAAGAGGGGAUAGAGACUGUCACAGUGGAAGAAGAGGAAGUAGAAGUUUUCAGAAUGAAAAAGGAGGAAGAGGAGGAUGUUACAGUGAAAGAAGAGGAAUGUUUUAGACUGAAAGAGGAAGAGGGGAUAGAGACUGUCACAGUGGAAGAAGAGGAAGUAGAAGUUUUCAGAAUGAAAAAGGAGGAAGAGGAGGAUGUUACAGUGAAAGAAGAGGAAUGUUUUAGACUGAAAGAGGAAGAGGGGAUAGAGACCGUCACAGUGGAAGAAGAGGAAGUAGAAGUUUUCAGAAUGAAAAAGGAGGAAGAGGAGGAUGUUACAGUGAAAGAACCUUUUGGAGUGGAAGAGGAAGCUAUCUUACGUAAAGAGGAGGAGGAAGACGUAUUGGGAGAUGAAGAGGAGGUAGAGGAAGAGGAAGCUAUCUUACGUAAAGAGGAGGAGGAAGACAUAUUGGGAGAUGAAGAGGAGGUGGAAGGAGGGGAAGAGGAAGCUAUCUUACGUAAAGAGGAGGAAGACGUAUUGGGAGAUGAAGAGGAGGUGGAAGGAGAGGAAGAGGCGACUGAAGAUCUGAUUAACACCAGAGAUAAACCAGACUCUCACUCUGACAGCGGGAAGAGUCCUUCAGGGGAUCCAGACCCAGAGAUUCCCAAACCAGCGACACGACACAACUGCUCCCAGUGUGGAAAGAGUUUUAAGUGGUUAUGUAAGCUCAAAGAGCAUGUGAGAACACACACAGGAGAAAAGCUCUUCCAAUGCUCCCAUUGUGAAAAGAGAUUUAACCAGUCAUCACUUCUGAAAGAGCAUGAGAAAAUACACACAGGAGAGAAGCCCUUCCAAUGUUCUCAGUGUGGAAAGGGUUUUACAUGGUUAAGGCACCUGAAAGAGCAUGAGAGGAUACACACAGGAGAGAAGCCUUUCCAUUGCUCCCAGUGUGGAAAGCGUUAUACCCGAUUAGCACACCUAAAAAUACAUGAGAGAAUACACUCUGGAGUGAAGGCUUACCUCUGUUCCCAGUGUGGAAAGAAUUUUAGGUGGUUAGAGAACCUGAAGCAGCAUGAAAGGACACACACGGGGGAGAAGCCUUACCAUUGCUCUCAGUGUGGAAAGGAUUUUACCACAUUAGGGAACGUAAAAGAGCAUAAGAAGAAACACACAGGAGAAAAACCUUUACAAUGUUCCCAGUGUGGAAAGAGAUUUACACAUUUAGGAAAUCUAAAAAGGCAUGAAGGAAUACACACAGGAGAAAAACUCUACCACUGCUCUCAGUGUGGAAAGAGUUUUACCCAGUUAGGGUAUUUGAAAAAACAUGAGAAAAUACAUUCUGAAGAGAAGCCUUAUCCCUGUUCCCACUGUGGAAAGAGUUUUAGGUGGUUAGGGGACCUGAAAGAGCAUGAGAGGACACACACAGGGGAGAAACCUUACCAUUGCUCCUUGUGCGGAAAGGAUUUUACCAAGUUAGGGAACCUAAAAGAGCAUAAGAAGAAACACACAGGCGAAAAGCCUUACCAAUGCUCCCUGUGUGAAAAGACUUUUACGCAGUUAGGGGGCCUGAAAUAUCACGAGGGCACACACACAGAAAAAAAGACCUACCACUGCUCUCAGUGUCAAAAGACAUUUACCCGAUUAGGGAACCUGAAAAAGCAUGAGAGAAUACACACACUCAGGUGAGGAUACGACCGUUCACUGCUCCCAGUGUAGAAAGAGUUUAGGUCAGUUAGGGAACCUGAUUGAGCAUGAAAAACACAUACAGCAGAGAAGCCUUACUGCUGCUCUAAUUACGGAAAGACAUUGUCCCGGUCAGAGGGCCUGAAAUCACAUGACAGAAUAGAGACUGUGUUCUGAAAUGUGUGUUUUGUUUAUACCACAUGAAAUCAUAUUGUUUUUAUGAAAUCAUGUUUAUAUGAAAUCAUCUUUAUAUGAAAUCAUGUUUUGAUUAUGACAUGUUUUGAUUAUGACAUCAUGUUUUGAUUCUGAUUCUGAUUGAUGGAACCCUUAGAUGUUCAUAAUUGUGUUCCAAUUGUUCAUUAUAUAUUUUGGCGCUCCCGAGUGGUGCAGCGGUCUGAGGCACUACAUCUCAGUGCUUGAGGCGUGCACUACAGACCCUGGUUCGAUUCCAGGCUGUAUCACAACCGGCUGGGAUUGGGAGACCCAUAGGGCGGCUCAAAAUUGGCCCAGCAGCGGUCGGGUUAGGGUUUGGACAGGGUUUGCCGUCAUUGUGAAUAAGAAAUCGUUCUUACCUGACUUGUUUAGUUAAUGGUUAAUUAUUUUUUAUAUUUUUUAUUAUAAGAUGUUCAUUAAUACGAUUUGGAUAUAUUCAAAAUGUAAAUUAUAAAUGGAUGAAUAGAAUGAUAUUUUAAAUAUACUUUUUUUUAAAAUUCUAACCUUAACCUCUCAUGAGUGUGGCCGUGUCAUCUGACCGUGCCACCGAUUCUAAUCCAAGUGCCAAAGAACUGUACCCAGUACCGCAACGUUUUAGCCAAACGCCUGGUUGCCUCUGCCAGGAGGCUGACACUUGAGGCCACUGUGUUCUGGUUGCCUCUGCCAGGAGGCUGACACUUGAGGCCACUGUGUUCUGGUUGCCUCUGCCAGGAGGCUGACACUUGAGGCCACUGUGUUCUGGUUGCCUCUGCCAGGAGGCUGACACUUGAGGCCACUGUGUUCUUGGGAAUCUUCAAUGCUGCAGACAUUUUUUUGGUACCCUUCGCAGAUCUGUGCCUUCGACACAAUCCUGUCUCGGAGCUCUUCGGAGAAUUAUUUCGGCUUCAUGGCUUGGUUUUUGCUCUGACAUGCACUGUCAACCUUUUAUAGAUAGGUGUGUGCCUUUCCAAAUCAUGUUCAUUCAAUUGAAUUUACCACAGGUGGAGUCCAAUCAAGUUGUAGAAGCAUCUCAAGGAUGAUCAAUGGAAACAGGAUGCACCGGCGCUCAAUUUCAAUUCUCAUUGUAAAGGGUCUGAAUACUUAUGUAAAUAAGGUAUUUCUGUUUUUUUAUUUGUAAUAAAUUUGCAAAAAUGUAAAACCUGUUUUCUCUUUGUCAUUGAGGUAUUGUGUGUAGAUUAGUAAAAAAAAGAAGUGUUUAAUCCAUUUUAGAAUAAGGCUGUAACGUAACAAAAUGUGGGAAAGGUGAAGGGGUCUGAAUACUUUCCAAAUGCACUGUAGAUGGUGAUGCUAGGAGUUCUGGAUAAUGUUUGUGGGUGAAGGAUGGGUAGCCUACUUCCAGUCCUUCUUGACUUGUAGCUACCCUGGCUAGCUGUAUUAUUUUGGUCUGGCUUUUUGAGAGGUUUGGGAGAUAAACUGAUUAGUCAUAAUAGAAUGUGGAGCUCUCUGGUAGUCAUAAUAGAAUAUGGAGCUCUCUGGUAGUCAAAAUAGAAUAUGGAGCUCUCUGAUAAUAGAAUAUGAAGCUCUCUGAUAGUCAUAAUAGAACAUGGAGCUCUCUGAUAGUCAUAAUAGAACAUGGAGCACUCUGGUAGUCAUAAUAGAAUAUGGAGCUCUCUGAUAAUAGAAUAUGGAGCUCUCUAGUAGUCGUAAUAGAAUAUGGA